GACCAAAGAAGUGGGGUUUCAGUCCUUUUUUUCUUUCUAUUAUUCUCUCCCGAAUCUCUCUCAGAACUUCUUUCUUCUCUCAGAUCAGAGUUUGUUUUUUGUACCGUCUCGCCCCGGCCGGAGAAUCUGAUAAAGGGAAGAUGUCUGCUUUUCAGGAAGAGGACAAGAAGCCCGGAGACCAAGGACCAUCGGCUCACAUCAAUCUCAAAGUCAAGGGCCAGGAUGGAAAUGAAGUCUUCUUUAGGAUCAAGAGGGCCACUCAGCUGAAGAAGCUGAUGACCGCUUACUGUGACCGUCAGUCUGUGGAUUUCAACUCAAUUGCUUUCUUGUUUGAUGGCCGUCGUCUCCGUGCUGAACAGACUCCUGAUGAGCUUGAUAUGGAAGAGGGAGAUGAGAUCGAUGCAAUGCUCCAUCAAACCGGUGGUGUUACUAAUGCUAGUGGCAUGUCUGUGGUCUGGGUUUAGUGGCCUUAAGUUUCAAUAAGAUAAGAGCGUGUCAUAUAUAUUUAUGAACAGUUUUCAAUAAGACGGUGUGAUGUUAUUAUUGGAUCACUAAAUAUCUGAUGGGCUUUGUUUAAUGAGGCGGUAGCUUUACCUAUAAAAGCUACUUUUAACCGUG